UUAAAAUGGGCCGGAACUUGCUUCCUAGAGAGGAAGGGAAAUGGGAUUUGGGGGCGAGGGAGGGGGAACACCAGAACAAACAUUCCUCCCCACGGUGUCUCUUCCUGGCUUCCCACCUUCGGGGUCCGAAAGUGGCCUUUGUGUCUCGCAAGUGCUACAUCGGUGGACACCUCUGAGGUUUGGUCUUUGUAGCGCUUCUAACUAGGGCAGACUGAAAUUGGCAGAAGACCGAGGACUUCCUUCAGACCUCUUGGAGGCUUCCUUGGAGCAUAGAUGGAAGAGGAAAACUCGGCAGGCCCCGAAAAAGGAAGAGGCCGUGAUGCCACCAAGACUGGGAGCAAUAGGGGAUUCUGGGAGAGGACAGUGCAGAAGAUCCUGGGUGAGGAGGACAACCUCAGCUCAGAUGUGCAGCGCCAGCAGUUCAGGGAGUUCUGCUACCAGGAGGCCAAGGGGCCCCGAGAGGUUUGGAGUCAACUCCACCACCUUUGUCAUCAGUGGCUGAAGCCGGAGCAGCACACCAAGACUCAGAUCCUAGACCUGGUGAUCCUGGAGCAAUUCUUGACUGUCCUUCCACUGGAGAUGGAGAGCUGGGUGAGGGAAUGUGGGGCGGAGACCAGUUCACAGGCGGUGGCCCUGGUUGAAGGUUUCCUCCUGAGUCAAGCAGAGGUCAAGAAACAGAAGGAGCAGCAGAUACAGGAUCCAUUUGCAAAAAAGGGCACUAAUGUCCUAGAGGUGGAGAGGAAUCCAUUGGACACCAGACAGGGGCCACUGGGUGAAGGAAUGAUUUCAGCAAGAUCACCUCAGGUGUCUCCUCAUUGCAAUGGAAGGGUAGCAGUUUCAGUGGAACAAGAUCAGGGUACAGUGUUCUUUGAGGAUGUGGCUGUAUACUUCACGGAUGAGGAGUGGGCCCUGCUGAAUCCUGACCAGAGAACGCUGCAUAACAGUGUCAUGGAGGAGAACUGUGUGAUCGUGGCGUCUCUUGAAGGUGACAAAUUGGAAACCAAGAAUCAGGGAGACCAUGAUAAACUCCACACAGUAGAGAAGCCAUAUGAAUAUCUGGAGUGUGGAGAGAGCAUCUAUCAAAGUUCCCAUCAAGAAACUGACAACAAGGAGAAACUUUAUCAGUGCUUGGAAUGUGGGAAGAACUUCAGCUGGAAGAAAAAUCUCACUUCCCAUCAAAGAAUUCAUACCGAAGAGAAGCGGUAUCAGUGCUUGGAUUGUGGAAAGAGCUUUAACAGAAGCACAGAUUUCUGUCGUCAUCAAAGAAUUCAUACAGGGGAGAGACCGUACGAAUGCUUAGAAUGUGGAAAGAGCUUCAGUCAGAGCUCCAACCUCCAUGCCCAUCAAAGAAUUCACAGUGGGAACAAACCCUAUCAGUGUUUGGAAUGUGGGAUUGGCUUCACCACCAAGAGAAGUCUCACUUCCCAUCAAAGGAUUCAUACUGGGGAGAGACCAUAUCAGUGUCUGGAAUGUGGGAAGAGCUAUAGCUGGAAGGACAGUCUCACUUCCCAUCAAAGGAUUCAUACAGGGGAAAAACCCUAUCAGUGCUUGGAGUGUGGAAAGAGCUUCCACAGAAGCACACAUUUCCGCCGCCAUCAAAGAAUUCACAGCGGGGAGAAACCCUACCAGUGCUUGGAAUGUGGGAAGACCUUCAGCUGGAAGGAAAGUCUCACUUCCCAUCAGAGAAUCCAUACAGGGGAGAAACGAUAUCAAUGCUUAGUGGGGGCGAAAGUGGGCUUCGACUCUCCCAGGAGCUGCAGCGAUGACCCCUUCUGUAGGCUGUGUAAUAAUUCACUCACCCUACAAUGUCUUGAAUUUUUAGGACUUGGCAGUGACUCCAGUAACAGCAGUCUUUGGCAGAAGCAAGAGAAGCUUCUUGGACCCUGUUGGAGGGAACAGAUAUCAAAGAUGGAAGAGACAGACUCAGCUGGGCCUAAAGCAGUAAAAGGUCUGUUUAUCACCCAGGCCAGGAGCCCUGGGGAACCGUGGGAAAGAACAGGAUGGAAGAUUCCAGGUGAGGACACCCUCAGCACAAAUGUGCAAUGCCAGAAGUUCAGGCAUUUCCACUACCAGGAGGCUGAGGGACCCCGAGAGGUUUGCAGCCGACUUCACCAUCUUUGCCGUCAGUGGCUGAAGCCGGAGAGAUGUACCAAGACUCAGAUGCUGGACCUGGUGAUCCUGGAGCAGUUCCUGGCUGUCCUCCCCCAGGAGAUGGAGAACUGGGUGAGGGAAUGUGGAGCAGAGACCAGUUCCCAGGCAGUGGCCCUGGCCGAAGGUUUCCUCCUGAGUCAGGCAGAGGACAAGAAGCAGGCAGAGCAGCAGGUUACAGGUCUAUUUGCCAAAGCUGGUCUGGAUUUCCCAGAGGCAGAGAGGGCUCCAUCAGACACUGGACAGGGGCUACUGGGUAAGAACUCCCUUGUUAGAACAGCUACAUUGGCUAGCAGUCUGAUUCCUGGUGAUGAAAUGAUGCUGGAAAGACUUCAUCUGCCAUCUCUGCUUCGUGGUGAAGGGGAAGCAGUUGCUAUUGAACUGGAUCAGAGUCCCGUUUCCUUUGAGGAGGUGGCUGUGUACUUCACCAAGGAGGAGUGGGCACUUCUGGAUCCUGAUCAGAGAGAUCUGCAUAAAGAAGUCAUGGAGGAGAAUUGUGGGAUGGCAACCUUUCUUGCAUGUGAAAAAAGCUUUUGUCAGAGUUUUAGCCUCACUACCCCUCAAAGGAUCCACACUGGGGAGAAGCCAUAUAAAUGUUUUGGAGGUACAAAGCGCUUAAAUGAGAAGACAGGCCUUAUGACACAUCCAAGAAUUCACACAGGGGAGGAACCACACCAGUGCUUGGAGUGUGGAAAGAGCUUCAGUGAUAUGAAAGCUUUCACUACUCAUCAAAGAACCCACACUGUGGAAAAGCCAUAUAAGUGCUUGGAGUGUGGAAAGAGCUUCCAACAGAACAUAACUCUCAGCUACCAUCAAAAAACUCACACAGGGGAAAAACCCUAUGAAUGUUUGGACUGUGGGAAGAGCUUCAUUCGAAAGAUAAACCUCACUUAUCAUCAAAGACUUCACACAGGGGAGAAACCGUAUCAGUGCUUGGAAUGUGGAAGGAGCUUCAUUCGAAAGAUAAACCUCACUUCCCAUCAGACAAUCCACACAGGAGAGAAACCAUUUCAGUGCUUGGAGUGCGGGAAGAGCUUUAGACAGAAUAUAACUCUCAGUAAUCAUCAAAGACUACACACAGGAGAGAAACCCUAUCAGUGCUUGGAGUGUGGAAAGAGCUUCAUUCGGAAGACUGAUCUUAGUUAUCAUCAAAGAAUCCACACAGGGGAGAAACCUUAUCAGUGCCUGGUGUGUGGAGUGAGCUUUACACGGAAAAGGCACCUCACGUCUCACCAAACGAUUCACACAGGGGAGAAACCAUAUAAAUGCUUGGAGUGUGGAAAGUGCUUUCGCCUGAACAGAGACCUCAUUCCUCAUCGAAGAAUUCACACUGGGGAGAAACCGUAUCACUGUUUGAAGUGUGGAAAGAGUUUCAAUACAAACGCAAACCUCCGUUGUCAUGAGAGAGUUCACACAGGAGUAAAACCAUAUAAAUGUACGGAGUGCGGGAAGAGCUUCAGUGCGAAGAAAACACUAAUUUCCCAUCAAAGAAUGCAUACAGGGGAAAGCGGUAUGAAUGUUUGCAGUGUGGAAAGAGUUUCCACGUAAAUAAAGUUCUCAUUUCUUUGAAUUAA